AUGAGGACCUCGAUUGCCGCCGCCGCCGCCGUUUGGCUGGCAUCGUUCGCCGCGGCGCAAAAGAAGGACUGCAUCAAGCUCGUCUCGGGCGAGCGGCUCGAGGCCGACAUGAAGACGGAAGCCGUGGUCGCCAGGGCUCAGAAGCUGCAGGACAUUGCCUACUCUACCGAGGGUCGCAACCGACAAUGGCAGCAGCCCGGCUUCGAGCUGACGAUGCAGUACAUCGAGGAGACGCUCGAGAAGGAGGCCCCCGGCUACUACAACGUCGAGCGCCAGCCGACCUUCUUCCAGGUGGCCAAGGACCCGGCCCCCAUCGUCAUCGGCGACGCCUCGUACGACUCGGCCCCCAUGACCACCACGACGGGCCGCAGGCUGCUCACCGGCACCUUUGACGACGUCCCCGUCGUUGCCGUGGCCAACCUCGGCUGCAACCCUGAGGACUACCCCGUCGCGACGGGCGCCUUGACGCUCAUCCAGCGCGGCAACUGCAGCUUCGAGCUCAAGUCGCAGCUGUCCAAGGCGGCUGGUGCCGUUGGUGCCAUUGUGCGCAACGCGGUCGACAGCCCGACGUUCGGCAACGGCGUCCUCGGCGACGCCGUCGACACGCUGGUGCCGACUACCAUGAUCCGGUACGACGACGGCGUGGCGAUCCUGGCGCAGCUCGAGGCCGGCCCCGUGACGGCGGACCUGUCGAUCGAAUACGUCAACCUGACCAGCUUCAACCUCGUAGCCACGAGCAAGUGGGGCAACCAGAGCAACGUGGUGAUGCUGGGCGCACACGCCGACUCGGUGAUUGAAGGUCCCGGCAUCAACGACGAUGGCUCGGGCACCGUGGGCAUCCUCGAGACGGCCGUGCAGCUGGCCAAGUACGGCGUGCGCAACGCGGUCCGUUUCGCGUGGUGGACGGCCGAGGAGGACGGCCUGCUCGGCUCGUACUACUACACGGACAACACGCCCGCCGACGAGCUGGCCAAGAUCCGCGCCUACCUCAACUUUGACAUGAUUGGGUCCAGCAACUACGUCUACGGCAUCCUGGACGGCGACGGAGACGCCUUCGGCUUGGCCGGUCCCGAGGGCUCCGCCGACAUUGAGAAACUGUGGGAGGACUACUUUUCGUCGCGCGACAUGCCGUCGGACCCGAGCGAGUUCUCUGGCAGGAGCGACUAUGCCGGCUUCAUCGACCAGGGCAUCCCUUCGGGCGGCUUGAGCACGGGCGCCGACGAGGUCAAGACGGCCGAGCAGGUGACCAAGUACGGUGGUGUCGAGGGCGCCAUUCUCGACCCCAACUACCACACCCAAUUCGACACGGUCGCCAACUUGAGCGCGCCGGCUUUGGGCGUCAUGAGCAAGGCGAUCGGGUUCGCCGUGGGCACGUACGCAAAGUCGCUCGAAGGCUUCCCGGCCAGGACUCCGGCCGUGACGAGGAGGAGCGGCAAGCACAGUGCCAGGAUCGUCGGGUUGGAUGAGGAUGCCGAGUCCUUCCAGUACGGCCCGCUCACCCUCUGGAGGAUUUAA